UAAACCGCACCCCACCUCGCUGCCGUUUUCCCACGGCGCAUCGUGUACAACAGCGGCAGCACGAGCGAGAGCGACAAGUGGUUUAGAGUAGACCGGGUGGAGUAGAGAUUGGCGGUUUGCCGGCGAUGGAGAGGGGCGACGGGGGAGGGGGAGGGAUGGCGCCGCGGGGCGGCGGGGUGGGGUCGGCGGCAAUGCUGGGGCUGGACAUGCACCGCGCCCCGCAGCAGAUGCACCCGGCCGCCGCGUUCCAGCACCAGCAGGGUGGGUUCCAGCUGCAGCAGCAGGCGGCGCCGCCGCCGCCGUCGUCGUUCUCGCCCUACUCCAACACGUCGUCGUCCAGGGUCGUGGUGAGCGCGGCGGCGGUGGGGGCAGGGCACGACGACGACGUGGUGGGCAACGGUGGCGGCGGGAAGGGAGGAGUGGUGGUGCCGCAGCAGCAGGCGCAGCAGAUGGCGUCGGCGGCGUGCCCGUGGACGAGGAUGAAGUGGACGGACGCCAUGGUGCGCCUGCUCAUCGGGGUGGUGUACAGCGUCGGGGACGAUGGGGAGGGCGUGGCGACGGCUGGCGGCGCGGGGGCAGGCAGGGCGGGCAGGGCGGGGCACGGGCACGCGGCGGCGGCGCAGCAGCAGAAGAAGGGCAAGUGGAAGUCGGUGUCGCACGCCAUGAUGGACAAGGGCUUCGUGGUGUCGCCGCAGCAGUGCGAGGACAAGUUCAACGACCUCAACAAGCGGUACAAGCGCGUGGUGGACCUGCUGGGCCGCGGCCGCGCCUGCCGCGUGGUCGAGAACCACGCGCUGCUCGACACCCUCGACGACAUGACGCCCAAGGCCAAGGACGAGGCGCGCAAGCUGCUCAGCUCCAAGCACCUCUUCUUCCGCGAGAUGUGCGCCUACCACAACAGCGCCGCCGCCGCCGGGGGAUCGCACCUGCCUGCGCACGCCGGCGGCGGGGACGCCGCCUGCCUCCACCACCCGGCGCCGGUGCCCGUGGCCGCCGCAGCCUCGUCCGCCGCCCGCCACGCCUACGCGCAGCAUCAGGCGGCCCCGUCCCCGCCGGGGAUGAAGGACUCCUCCGCCGACGUCGCGGACGACGACGACGACGACGACGACGACGACGACAGCGACGACGACGAUGCCGUGAGCGACAACAGCGACGAGGACGUGGACGACUACGAUUUGGAGGAGGAGGACGGCCACAUGUACCCCAGCAACAACCGCCCCAGUCAUCGUCAGCACAGCGGCGGCAAGCGCGGGCGUGGCGAGGACCUCGACGACGAGGCGGAAGGCGGUGGUACUGGUGGGAGAAGCGCGAGGAGGAGGAGGCGGCGGAAGAAGGCGGCGCGGGUGGCACCCGACCCAUCGGCGAUGCUGCGGCAGGUGAAGAGCGAGCUCGCGUCCGCGACCGCGGCGAUGGACCCGCAUCAGGUCCGAUCCUGGAUGCGUCGCCGCGCGCUGGACGUGGAGGAGCAGCAGAUCCGCCUGGACUCCCACGCGUGCUACCUGGAUGGGCAGCGGCUGAAAUGGGAGCGGUUCCGCGACGAGAAGGAGCACGAGCUGCAGCGCGCGCGCCUGCAGAACGACCGCCACCGCAUGGAGAGCCGGCGCCUGCUGCUCAUGCUCCGCCACAAGGACAUCGAGCUCGACAUGGCCGAGGUCAACUCUUCCUCCGUCGACCACAACCCUGGCGCCGGCGCGUCGCCGCUCGCAGCACACCAGCAGCAGCAGCAGCAGCAGCCGAUUGGGUCCAGCCCCAGCCCGUCCACCGCCGGACACCCAAACUAGCUGUCGUGCAGUCGUGCGUGCCUUUCCAUUCCAUUACCGGUAGCAGUCAGUACUCAGUAGCUGUUCUUUUUUAAAAAGGAAAACUUUUGUUCUAGCAUAUCAUUAGUAGUAAACUUUAGUUCUUCCCGUAGUAUCAUUAGCAGCAGUAGUUCUCUAUCUAGGACAAAAGGACAGUAGUGCUCAAGGGUUUCAGUGUAGCAUGUUCAUAGUAUGUGCGCGGUGUGGCUGUAAUAUCAGGUCAGACAAAUGCAUGUUUCUGUUUAGCUGUA